CAAUGUUUAUCCUUCGGUCACCAUUUCACAAGUAGCUGCGAGAAUUGCAGAGCGCGCAACACAUAUUUCUAAUACAUUUUUGGCGCAAAAACCCCAAAAUUCAACUCAAAAAUUACAAUUCUCUCAUUACAAAUCCCUCAAUUUCUCCAAAUUCAAUCUUUCUCUCUCAAUUUCUCUCUAUCUUCAUAUGAAUGGCCGAUUUUGAAGCUCCAUCGUUCUCUCUAGGGCUCGAUUUCGACUUAGAUUCAGAGCCCCAAAUCAGUGUUACAAAACACCCUUCUUCAAGCAAUCCGAGCUUUCGUUUAAUCGAAGACGACGAUUUUGAUUUAGAGCCUCAAUCAACUGUUACGAAAAACCCUUUAUUGAGCGAACAAGCUCGACCGUGUUCAACCAAUCCGAGCUUUCGUUUAAUCGAAGACGAAGACGAUGAUGAUUUCGAGAUUCCAACAGUGGAGCGAGAGCCAGUUGUUUCGGAACCACCGGGGACCCUCAAGCGUCUCAGGCGUGGGCUUGGAUCCGACUCCAAAUCGGUGGCUCCGAAGAGAAAGUCAGUGGAGUUGUUUUGUAAUGUUGAUGAUGAGAUUGAAGAUUUCUCUUCUCAGGAGGAUCGUUUAGCAAAUGAGCAUUCAUCAACGCAAUACCGUUCUGGAUGUAGCAGUUCAAAGUUCCCAUUGCAUGGACAUGGGGUUUUCACCACACAAUCGACAAGCCAGUCGAAAGCAACAAAAAGGAAACAGGCUUCAAAUACCCCAGCCUCUGCAAGUUUGGGGACAAGUUCCAAUAAAUUGAUGUUUCCAAAGUUAACUGUCAGUCCCCUUAGAAGGUUCCAGUUGAUCAAUUCUGAUUCAGAUGAUCCUUCUGUUAGUGAAGAUGCAAACAGAGAGGCUAAUAAAGUAUAUUCAUCUUUGAAGGAGAAACAAUAUGACCCUGGUCAAUAUCCAACUACAAGUGGACAGAAGAGAAUGAAAGCAUCAUCGAGUACGUCUCAAACAGAGGAUUUAUGGAAAGAUUUCUAUGCAGAGAAGAGCUUCCACAUUCGAACUCCUGCUCUGGACGAGCUCUGUGCAGAAUAUUUCAGAUCUGUGAAGGAUAAGAACGAAGUUUCAAAUCGGAGGCAUGAUAAAUGUAUGAGUGACAAUAAAGGCUCUUAUCAGAACUGUAAUGUCAUCAACAAUGAUGAGAACCAGUGCAGGUUGGGUGACUCUACUGUACCUGCUCAUAAUUAUUUUUUCCAUGAUGAUCCAAGGAUCCAGAAAUUAGUCCGGAGUUGCCUACCCUACUUUUUUCCCUUGGGUGCUACGAACAACAGAGGAAAUACGAAUCCCAUUUCAUCAGUUAUUGAUUACAUGAGUCAAUUUAACCACGGGGAAACUUCGAGACAGCAAGCAACUCAGAAAACUAAUGCUGAGACAAGCUCAACAAGGGGAAGAAAGAAUUCAAAAAAAUCAAAUGCCGAGACAAGCUCAACAAGGAGAAGAAAGAAUUCGAAAAAAUCAAAUGCUGAAGAGUUACCAGAAGGCUCUGGAAGUUGGGUGAAUCCCAAAAGCAGCGUGGGCAUUCCAAAACUUGCUGGGAAAAGAAGGGUUCAGGCAGUUGAUCAAUCUGCUGGUCAUUGGUUCACCGACCCAGAUGGAAGGAGAGUUUAUGUGACUAAAAAUGGGCAAGAGUUGACUGGUCAAAAUGCUUACAGAAACUACAAGAAGGAAACUGGAGCUGGGUUUAGAAGGUCGGGAAAGAAAGCUGCCUCAAAUAAGAAAACCGCUGCAAAUAAGAAAACUGCUGGAAAGAAGACAACCGCUGCCAAGAAGAGAACUGCUGCCAAGAAGAAAUAACAGCUGAAGCCCACUGCAACCAUUUGUCGACAGUGGCAUCGACAAAUUUGAGUACACUAUGCAUAUUGGGCACCUACUAGGAUUCAUCUAAACACUUCAAACAAGAUGUGUAAUUCACUACUCAUAGCAAGAAGUCUCUAUUGCCUCAUUCAAGGAUGGCAUUACUAAGGCAGACAGCUGCUAAGUCUGAAGGUUAGUUGAUAUUGGAGAAAGAGCGUUUCUUAUGUACUUGUCAUCUACAACCCUAGUGAGAGCAUGGCUAUUCAAACCGACUUUGGCUUAUCAUUUUUCUAGUAAGUAAUUGUAUCAAAUGUAUAGUUUGGGUGCCCGGGUGUUUUUUUUUUCAUUGAUUUUAUAUCACCAGGUGCAUGAUAAGAUAUUAUUUUCCUUCAAUAUGGAACAUAUGAGAUCUCAGAUUAAUGCAUUGGCACUUGCUACUUA